AGCACGGGAGGAGGUUGCGCCAUUUUGAAAUUGGAAGGUGAGAGAGAGGAGUAGAUGACUGGAAAAGAGGGAGUGUUAAUGAUAGAUAGUGCAGGCUUCCCUAAGCUGAAGACCGGGAGACGAAGUGGCAGGCAAAAAAACCUGACCCGUAGAUUUUAAUUCUUUUUUUGUUUUGUUUUCGCGAUCUGCAUCCAUCCUCUGCGAAAUUGCCGUUGCACACGCCCAAGCCCGGCAAAAUUUGCAAGACUUGGGCCCGCGGUAGAGAUUCACUCUCUCACCAUGGCAGGGGCCAGCGGUGGGGCCGGCGACGUGCAGUGGUGUCUGUCGCAGGUGAAGGGGGCCAUUGAUGACGAUGUGGCUGAAGCUGACAUCAUCUCCACUGUGGAGUUCAACCACUCAGGGGAGCUUCUCGCCACAGGGGACAAGGGCGGCAGGGUCGUCAUCUUUCAGCAGGAGCUGGAGAACAAGAGCCAGCCUCAGUCGCGGGGCGAGUACAACGUCUACAGCACCUUUCAGAGUCACGAGCCCGAGUUUGACUAUCUGAAGAGCCUGGAGAUCGAGGAGAAGAUCAAUAAGAUCCGUUGGCUUCCUCAGAAGAACGCCGCCCACUUCUUGCUGUCCACAAACGAUAAGACCAUCAAGCUAUGGAAGAUCAGUGAACGUGACAAGAGGCCAGAGGGCUACAACCUGAAGGAGGAUGACGGGCGCUACAGGGACCCCUCCACGGUUACCACAUUGAGGGUGCCGGUGUUCCGCCCCAUGGACCUGAUGGUGGAGGCCAGUCCUCGACGCGUCUUCGCCAACGCCCACACCUACCACAUCAACUCCAUCUCCGUCAACAGCGACUGUGAGACCUACCUGUCGGCUGAUGACCUGCGCGUCAACCUGUGGCACCUGGAGAUCACGGACCGCAGCUUCAACAUUGUGGACAUCAAGCCGGCCAACAUGGAGGAGCUGACGGAGGUGAUCACAGCAGCAGAGUUCCACCCCAGCCACUGCAACACCUUUGUCUACAGCAGCAGCAAAGGCACCAUUCGACUGUGUGACAUGCGUGCCUCCGCCCUGUGUGACAAGCACUCCAAAUUGUUUGAAGAGCCUGAAGACCCCAGCAACCGUUCCUUCUUUUCUGAGAUCAUUUCCUCCAUUUCCGACGUCAAGUUCAGCCACAAUGGGCGUUACAUGAUGACCCGCGACUACCUGUCAGUGAAGAUCUGGGACCUGAACAUGGAGACCCGGCCAGUGGAGACCUACCAGGUGCACGAGUACCUGAGAAGCAAGCUAUGCUCUCUCUACGAGAACGACUGCAUCUUUGACAAGUUCGAGUGCUGCUGGAAUGGGAAGGACAGCGUGGUCAUGACUGGCUCAUACAACAACUUCUUCCGAAUGUUCGACCGCGGCCAGAGGCGGGACGUGACCCUGGAGGCGUCGCGGGAGAGCAGCAAGCCGCGUGCGGUGCUGAAGCCGCGCCGCGUGUGUGCGGGCGGCAAGCGCAAGAAGGACGAGAUCAGCGUGGACAGCCUGGACUUCAACAAGAAGAUCCUGCACACGGCCUGGCACCCACAGGACAACAUCAUUGCCGUGGCAACCACCAACAACCUCUACAUUUUCCAGGACAAGCUGAACUAGGCCCAUCCAACUCUUCAGCAGCCGCCUCCUGUCUCUGUUCCCAGUAGUACACUGGACAUUGUGCGCCACUAGAAGACCCUGUUUUGGUGGGAUGCCCCCCUCCCCAGCUCCCUUCCCCCCCCAGCUCUAAAGGGAACAUAGAUAUCAGUGUCAGGGGUUUUUUUUUUUUUUUUUUUUUUUUUUUUUAAUCCAAGCCUUUCAAUUGAGUAUUGUGCUAUAGUCCUCUAGGCUUCUUGAGUUUCAUCAUUUGGUGCCAUUUAUAAUUUGUGAACAUAUACUCCACUCUGCUGUUUGUCCUGACGGGUCAGUGGGGGGGGGGGGGUAAGAAAGCUCCACCCCACCUCAUUAUUGGAGGAGCUGAUGCUUUACGAUGCUGCCAUGAUUGUUACCCCGGCCCUCGUAGUCAUUCUUUUUCACCCCCGCCGCCCCCCUAGAAUCUUUGGUUGGUGGAUAAAGUCCGAAUAGGUAGGCAGUACCACUAUCGCCAUGGUGAUGAUGGAAUCCAUCUGCAGGAUUGAUGGUCUGACGAAGGCCGCCACCAGGUCGGUGGGCUGAUCAGUAUCACCAGCAGGCACCCCCCCCCCCCAGCACCCGGGCCCUGCAGUGGACAGCCGCCCUCUAGCCUGUUACAUCGUGACAUAGAACAUGGAGACGACCAUCUGCAAACGAGCAUCAUAUUUGUGAAUUUGUACAAAUGAAUUGCAGUCAUCAGUGGAUUUUCCCAUUCUGUCCCCAGUCAGUUCUUUCUUAAUGAUUUGUACAGGAGUAAUCACUAUAGUUUUUAUUUUUGUAUUACGCAAAUCGUUUAGCAUAAUACCCCCAUCUUCCCCUCCCAUGUCCUGUCCAGUCUAGUCACUGUUCUUUAUUUGACAGCUGUUAGAUCUCAGGCAAGAUUUUUAGCUGUAUUCAUGGAUGCUGUCGGAGUGGCUUGGUGGGGUUGGAUUUCAGGGAGGAAAUUUUAAGGGGGGGGGGGGCCAUCCCCUACUCGUAUUUGGUCUCAACCGAUGUCCCCAAAUCUGUCUUUGGGACUUCCGGCCAGGAACCUUCAAGUAACUGUACUUGUACUGGGAGAAGUGUGUUGAAAUUUGGAAAGGUGUCCAAUGCUUAAGAAUUCUCCAGAAAGAUUUUGUCAUGCCAAUAGCACGCCUGUACCUGACAGGGGCUGAUUGGUCUGACUGGUGGUUGAGUUUACACUACCUGUGGUUUUCUGCACAUUUGUCCAGCAUGGCUGUUACGAGGGAGAAUGUGUGUGUUUCCAUAAAUACUGUCAUCUAAAGUUCUGCUUUGGUCCCACUGGGCGGGAAGCAAAAAAAUCUUAACUGUAACGAUCAGUUAGUUCUGACAUCUCCUGAGAAGUGUUGCACUCCAGUUUCUUACCUUAAGAUGGAAAAGUGGAGGUGUGCGGUUUUGCCAACAGGACGACCAAAAAAUUGUGUACUUAAGGGAGAUUUUGUGUUUUUUUUUUCGUCGUCUUUCCAGUAAGCACUGAUUGAAUGUGAGUUCUCCAACAAACUGGAAUAUCUUGAAGUCAAGUAAUGCACUUAGUUUUAAGCACAUAGAAACCCCCAAAGACUGAAAUUUUUCAUUCUGCAUCUUUCUUCUGGGUGGGAUUGAGAUCUUCCUGGCAUUUGGGAAGCAUUCUGUGUACUAUCUGGUUAAAUGACAUUAAAGUAUGACAGUCUUUAGAGCAGUGUUUCUGAAGCCGGUCCUUGGGGACCCCCCCCCCCCCCCCAUAUAGUUUUGCUCCCUCGCAGCUCUUUUACUGUUUGCAAAAAUGUGGGCUCUCUGCUGACCCCCAAGCACCGGUUUUAGAAACAUUUAGUGUCUUGAAUUUUGUCGCUAAGGUGGGCUAUACAUGAGUUUCCUUCCAUCCUUUUGUAUGGGUGCCCCCCCCCCCCCACCCUCCCAGUAACGUUUUAAGGAAAUUAAGGAGAAAUCCAUUGUUUUAUACUGGUUGUAAGUUAGUUGGUGAUGUCAUUUUGGAAUGUCAUCUCCAUGAAAGCAAAGUGUUUUAAUAAUGUUUAUCUGCAAAGAUUAAUGCAAAAACUUCAGCUUUAAGUGCUUGCACAACAGAUACACGUAUUCUGUGGGAGCAAAGCGUAUAUGUUGGUGAAAUUUAACAACACGGUCAGAAUUGUUGUGAUGCAUUUGUGUGCUACGGUUUAAACUACAAUUUCAUUUUGAAAAUGUUGCAUUCCACUAGCAAAGGGUGAGUUAGGUUCUCUUUUCCCCUCAUUCUGUGUUUGUCUCAGUUCUGUUAAUUUGUACUUUUUUUUUUAAAGCUGCAUUGAGGAUGAUGAGAGAAAGGGAUGCGUUUUCUAGCCUGCUUGAUUUUUAGUGUUAUCCUUGAACCUUCAUAGUAGAUGCCACACGUCUGCUUUGAUAACCUCUGCAAGGUUUUACAUAGAGGUUCUGGAGACUACAGAGGUCAACUACUUCAACUAGUACUUAAUCCAGUUUACAGUCUUAGUUGUGGGGGGGUGGGGGGUGGUAUUACAUUUCAGCCAAAAUGAUCAGCACUAGAUAAAUUGCUCUUAAGGACAUUUGGGCGAGAUGCAAAAGGGUCUAAUUUAGUCAGUCCCUUUUGAAGAACUAAUAUUCGUUUGACAUGUACUUCUGUUCCCGAUUGGGUACUCUCAGGUGCAGCAGUUACCCCCAUAUUGCUUUCCUCAGCUUCCUCAAAUGUCUGGAUGGUUGUUUGGGUUUUCUCCACCUGACUGUGACCUACUGGGAACAGGGUCAUUUCACCGGUCUUGUUGCAUGAAAGCCAGUCUGCGUUCUGUUCCCGAGCGUCGUCUCGUCGCAGCCUGUGACGAGAUUCAGUCAAGUUUGUGAAGCCCAUUUGGCCAGUGAUGGAUGCUUGAAGAUUUCCCCAGCACCACAAUGAACUAUUCAGGCAGGAGGUGUUUCGGUUGGUCCAGGUGCAUUUGGUUUGAAGGGAGAUUGAUCAGUUUGAUUGCAGUUAAUGAUUGUGGAACCGAAGUCUUUUAUCCCAGUUUUGGGAAAGAAAUUCAUGGAGUAGUGUGCUUUUUAAAAAAAAAAAAAAAACUCAGGUGGAUCACCUUGAGGGAAAUUCACUCCAUCCUGGAGAACUCCAAGUGAACAAUACUCACUGGCUUCUUAAUUCAGUGCACUUUUGUUUUGAUUUCAUGAAUGAUAUAGUAUUGUGGUGGUGUUAGGGGUCCAUUUAAGACUCUGUCAGGGGAGGGGUGAACUGUGUGUCGAUAAAUCUAUACAGAUGUUAAGUUCACUGUAAUGUUCUGUCUGCCUCUGGCACCCAGAUAACCAAUACAGAUUAAAUAAGUGAAUAAUAAAGAUGAAUACAACACUGAACUAUGGAAUAAAACAAAAUUAUAUAAA